AUGAAUCAUUUCCGAUUAGAUGAACGCGAGAAAAAAUGGCUAUCGAAAGCCGAGGAUUUAACCGACGAUUUUAUCAGACACACUCGACAUGUGCUCCCCGUAUUGGCUCGUUUAUGCCUUGUCUCGACAUUUUUCGAAGAUGGAUGUCGCAUGUUUCAACAAUGGAGCGAUCAAGUCGCCUUUUAUCAGGAAUCUUGGUAUAUACCUCCAAUUCUCGGCCACCUUCUCGUCAUUCACGGAGUUUUCGGACAAAUCGGUUCCGUUUGUAUGAUACUUGCUCGUAAAAAGAUACCUUGGUCAGUGGCUGUGUUGGGCUCGGUGGUGUUGAGUCAAACGAUUUUGUACCGAAUCUUCUGGGAACCGAAAUUUCUUCUGAGAAACGUAUCCAUCGCUGGAGCUCUAAUUUUUUUGGCGGCUGAAACUUUUAAAGAACCCGAGUCACUCUUUGCUGGACUGCCAUCGGGUGGCGAUGAGAACAAUUUGAGGUGCAUGUUGAUGCUUGUCGGUCGUUGCUGCCUUGCGUUGAUGUAUUUGACAAUGAUUAAAUUUGAAUUCUCACUAUAUCGGAUGUUGAAUCUCUUCAUUUCGUUUGGCCUUAUGAGUUGUGUAAUUGUUGGUUAUCGAACGCGAUUGAUGGCUCUGGUUGUGGCAAUCUUUUUCUUCGUCAUCAACUUUUAUGACAAUGCCUGGUGGACAGUGCCAAAUGAUAGCAAUCGCUUCUACCGUGACUUCAUGAAAUACGACUUCUUUCAAGCUUUGUCGGUGAUCGGAGGUUUACUUCUUGUGAUCGCUUAUGGACCAGGAGGAGUUUCCUAUGAUGACUUCAAGAAACAGUGG